AUGACAUUGCUUCGUUUGGAUCAAAUGUGGUCCUCCGUGUUAAAUGUGCUUAGUAUAGUUGAUGAAGAUGGACGUGGACCAUCUCAAGCAGAAGGUUUGAUAGAAAAAAUGGAGAGCUUUAAAUUUGCUUUUUAUUUUGAAGUUAAAUUUAAAGUUGUUUGGUAUAAGCUUUCAAAUGUCUUGCAAAGAAAAGAUCUUAAUAUUAUGAUUGCCAUGGAAUUAGUUGAUGUUGUCAAAGCUCGGUUGGCCACAAUGAGAGAUAGUGGUUGGGAUACUUUAUUUGCCAAUUUCCAAGAAUUUGGUGUUGCUAAAUGUAUUCCGGUGCCAAAUAUGGAUGACAAAAUACCUGUUCGAGGUCGUUCAAGGGUAGAAGGGAGGACUAUCACUAAUCUUCAUCAUUACCGUGUAGAGAUUUUUUAUGUUGCUAUUGACAAAAUAUGUAUGGAGAUGGAUCACCGCUUUAGUGAAGGAAGUAACAUUAUCCUUGAUUGCUUCUCAUGUCUUGAUCCUAAAAACUCUUUCUCCAAGUUUGAUGUUGAUAAGCUUGCUCGUCUUGCUGAUAUUUAUGAUGCAGACUUUUCUGAUGAUGAUCGUGGAAUAAUAAGGGAUCAACUUGAAACUUAUGUUCUUCAACUUUGA